AUGCACCCGCCCGUGUCGGCGCGACCAGUCUCUCGUGCUCCGGAGCUUUUUGCCUCAGCUCUCGGCCCUGCUCAGCGAGUCGAGUCUUCUUCUCUGUGUCGCUCGCUUUCUCAGCGCGCCCCAGGGGCCUCGCCUCUGACCCUCAGUGCCGCUGGGGUCGCCCCGCCGAUGAGUCCUGCCUGCUUCGCAGCCGGCGACCUCGCCUCCACGAGUCUUUCGGGUGUGGAACCGAAGGCCCAGAAACCCAUUCGGUCUGGCAGCAAGAACUUCUCGGAUCCCUCCAGGAGGCUGCGCAAUCCGCUGGAGAAAACGGAGGCCCCCUGGGGGGUUUCCCUCACCCCCCCCGCGCGCGAAGCCGACGCCACGACUCUCGAGGCUCGCGCAAAUCUUCAGAACCAAGCAGCCAAGCCAGACACUCUUUCGUCUGACGAAGACUUGAACCUCGUGGCGACUGCACCCAGUUCGAGAAAAGUCUCCACCCACAGAACUGGCCUUGACAUGGCGCGGAACGGGUACCGCACCGUGGACCCGUGGGCGUCCUACGAUGCGCGUCAGGACGAAAACGGCGCAAAAUCGGCAAUCUUUUCGGGACUCGCCGCGAGUGCCGCCGCCCAGAACGAGCCGCAGAAGACUUGGGGAGCCAAGGGUCAAGCUGCGAACCCCGCGCAGGCGGUCACUCGCCUCGUGGGAGAGAAGGACACUGGAGAGUCCGAGUAUCCGUACACCGCAAAAGGAUCCAACGACUCGUGCAGCACUGCCACCUCCAACUACCACGAAGCCGCGAGGAGCGGCGGACCCACCUGGGGCAGACUAGCCCUGUCAGAUGGCAUUCGUUACGCGUCGGCGUAUUUGGGGAAAAGCUUCUCAGGAACCGGACGGGAUGCAAUACGGGGAGACUCCCAGGCACUCUACGCAUCUGCGACUUCCGUAGGCGACGUUUUCUUCAGACCCACAGUCUCUGCAAAUGGCGCCGCACCUGGCGCCGUCCCGGCGCAACCGUACACAUCCUACAUCUUCGAUCCGAUGACGCACAACGGGACUUCUGCCUAUUCCAAGAUCUAUUCGCAGACCGACCAAACCGGUCUGUUGAGAAGCGCUGAAGACGGGAACGCUGCCUCGCCGCUCGGAACGACGCGUCCCGGUGCGCCGGUGUAUCCUGUGACUCUGGGCUACACAGCGGCUACCUCAGGAUAUGGCCAGGCUGUCGGCUCGACGCAGGGCCUGCCUGCGUUUCCCGUCGCGCCGCUAGAGCCUAUGUACCUCUCCUGCAACUCCGUGGACUACCGCCCAGCCGUUAAGCUGUCUCCUGUGCGGAAUGUAACGAGCGGGGUUUCUCCCGCUGCGCCCGCCCCUGUCUCCUGGCAUGCGCUGUCGUCUCUGCUCGCGUCUGCGCCGUCUCCGCCAGUGUGUCCACCUGUCUCCGGCGCGCCUGGAGUGCCGCCUCCCUCGCAGCCGACGCGCGACACCCCACCCGCUGCAGUCCACUCCACGGAAGCCUCUGCGAGCCCGCCACCGUCGCCUGCGGAGCGGCAGCAAGACGACUUGGACAAGAAGGUUCGCCGGAACCUGCGGACUGUCUCCGACGGCCUUGGAGACUCCUCGUGUAGGGCGCUGUCUCCCGCGGGAUCGCCGUCAACGCAAUCGCGACUCCACCUGUUCUGUGGGGUCGUGGCGAGGCCUAUGAAACCCGCAGGAGGCCUCGGAGCCUCCCCGAGGGACCGGGGGGCGCAUCACGCGAGUCUGCAGGCAUCGUUCCAGACGGGAGAGCGCAAUGCGGUCGGCCUGACCUCGCUCCUUCUGGAGAAAACUGCGAAGCCGGCGAACCGAACCCGACUCCUGUCGAAGCCACUGCAGCUCGUCCACGUGAACCGCUGGGACGGACGCGAGGUCCUGACGAUUGAUGAGCAGGCGAAGAAGUUCCUCAGCGAGCUGGGAACUCAGCAUGUGGCGGUGAUCUCGAUUUGCGGGGUCACUCAGACCGGAAAGUCCAGCUUCGCGAACCUUCUUCUCGACGACUCACACAUGCUGUCGGCCGGCGGCUUCCCUGUGGGGUCGCCGGCUCUCUGCGGAGACAGGGGCGCCUUCAGAAGUGUCUCGCCCUGCAACUCGUUCGCGGUGGGAGACCGGCGGGCUCCAGAGGGACUCGGGGCCGAGACGGGGGAUGACGAAGACGAGUUCAGAGGCGAAGCUGGAAAGAAGUUCACGCAGCGCAUUCUCAGCGACGGGUGCACCGAAGGCGUCUGGAUUCAAGCUGUCUGCGGAGGCAGCAGCGAGGCCGGUGCCGACGGCAGAGAAGACCUCGUCUACCUUAUCCUCGACUUCGAGGGUGUUGGAUGCACCCGAAAGACCGUCGAACACGAUCAGCGGCUCUUCACCCUGGCCAUGCUCGUAUCGCACUACUUGAUUUACACGACGCGUGGUGUUCUGGACGCCGACGCAGUCUCGGGUCUCGCGUCCGUCUCCCUCUGGACGCAGCGACUCCUGCAGGGCGGCGGAGACAGAUGUCCUGCCCGAGAGGCCUCGCCGCUCGACACCAGCCGCGCCUCGCCCACGCGAGAAGGUGCUUCGCCCACAGCGGGUCCGUCUGUACCUUCGGGAUGGCGAGCACCGCCGCUGCUAUGGAUUCUUCAAGACUUCAAUUUCACGUUGUGCGACGAAGACGGCUAUCCCCUGACAGAGACGGACUACCUGGAGGGGAUCAUGGCGACGGCGUCGCACCCCGCAUCUUGCUGCUCUCCCUUCUCCACUUUCCCCGCGUCGUCCACGGCUCUCAGCCGGACUUGCGCGGAGUUGAAUCUGCCGCAUGUUCGCAUGCUCCGGCAGCAACUGGAGACGCUGUUUGGCGACCGGACGUGUGUGGGGUUGCCGCACCCGCUGGGAGACUUCGGGCCGGACUUUGGAGACAGUGUGGGGUGCGAGGUACCUUCGCAAGGCUCCAAGUCCGCGCGCGAGGGCGCGAGUGUCGGGGCCUUCCUGGCGACGCCCCGGCAGUCGGCGGCCUUCGCCUCGUCCUUCCCGUGCCUGGGGAACCGCGCGCGAACCGCGGAGGGCGUCGGCGAGUCUCGGAGUCCCGGUACCCGGCAGGGCGACGCACAGAGCGCCUUCUCGGCCUCGUCGCCCCCGCCCACGCAAGGCAGGUCGCGCGGACGCGACGGUCCUGCCCUCGAGACGGUGCCUGUCUCCGAGUUCCAGCCGAUUUUCCGCCGGCGGAUGCAGCAGACGAAGAACCUCGUUUUCAAGGAGUGCCGCCUGAAGGUUGCCCAGAGCGUGGCGAUCACAGGCCCCGGAUUCGUGAAGAUUCUUCAGAGAAUGAUCGACGGCAUCAACGGCGGCCAGGUCCCCGAGAGCGGCUCCGUUGUCGUCGUGGUCCAGCGAGAAGAGUGCCGAAAGUGGAAAGAAAAGUGCGAAGAAGUUUUCGUGAACGACCUCAGAGAGGCCUUCCAAAGUCGCUUGCCUCUCGCCAGCAGAGAGCUCCAGGAGGGCUCCCUCGCUCUGCAGAAAAAGGCCCUGGCCCUCUUCAAAAUGCACGUCAUCGGAGACGACGAUGUCGUUAGAGGCUACAAACAGCAACUGAAAGAUCGCCUUCGGAAAAUUACAGAUCGAGCCAUGGACGAGAACGAGAGACACGGAGAGUGGAAAGCAAGGUCCCGCCUGCGCGCUCUCCGCGAGAGGCUGCGCAUCGAUGAAAAACUGAACGAGAGGCUUUACGAGAGCAUGACCGAAGUCAACGAAGAUGCAGAACGCUUAAAACGAGAAUUCAACGCAGACAUCCGAGGGCCGAGCCACGUGUAUCAGCGCGUGAUUAACGACCAGAUCGACGAGCUUCUCGCGAAAGGCAGCGAAAUUGUUUGCGGGGCGCUUCUCGACCAGAGUCGCCUAGCUGAGAAAACCGUGCAUGAGCUCCAGCAGAGGGCCCAGGACGCCGAGAUGUCUCUGGAAAAGGCACUCGAACUGGAGCAGCAGCUGCAGCAUCGCGAUUACGAGGCGGAAGAACUGAGGCGAGCGCUGCAAGAAGAGAGAGCAGCGAAUCGAGGACAAGCGACUUUGCGAAGCGGCGAGUUCGACUGCGACGAAGACUUUGACGACCCCUACCGACGGCGCGGGUCGUUUUACCGACGGUCGGGCCGCUCCAGGUUUGCCACCGGGGAUCAAAGCAAAUGCUUCCGACAACGGAAAUGCACAAUCAUGUAGGCAGAUGAAUCGUUUCAGGCCGCCCUGCACGGUCCAGGGGCGUCCUGUGGCGUCCCAGCAACCGAACGCCGUAGACGCCUUUUUCGGGAACCCCCCGGG